AUGGCCGAGGGCUCCAUCAAGUCCAGGAUUGCAGCCCUCAAUCUCGAGGAAGUUCACACGCCUGUACCUGGUACAAAGCCAAUCUACAGCUAUGACGCUGCUACUUCCAAGAAGAAGCCACCCCCGCCCCCACCCAGUGCGCGCCCACCUGCCUACUCGCGCCAAACCGUAAACAACCCACCAGUGCUCAGUAAUGCUCCUACAUCAGCGCGACAAUUGGGGAACCAGCCCAUGAUUGGGAAUGAAAGCCCGCAACCAGUCGCAAAGGUUUCUCCGGCACUGCCUCCCCGUCCACCUCCCCGCACUUCCGGUACACCCAAACCGUCACCCGCGCUGCCUCCGCGCAAAGCCUCAGAAACGAGUGUGCGCCGGCGCGAGUCUUCUGAGUCUAUAUCCACGGUCGCGUCGGGAAUCUCAACACUCUCCCUAGGCUCUGCGAAGACCAAUGGCACCUACCACAGCAAUGGCAGUACGGGCACACUGUACCAGGUCAGGGCUCCUGCCUUCGAUCCUGCUAAAUUGCCUCCUCUGCCGCCAAAGAGAGCGCCUGAGGGGGAAAGGAAGAGCAGCGCGACGUUGAAUGCCAUGAAGAGUAAACGGGACUAUGUACCUGCCCAGGCCCUUCCCCCAAAGCUCAACACGCCGAACCUUCCAGCGCGACCGUCGUUGCCUCUUAGACAGUCUACCGUUUGCGAGCAAUCACCUCGGCCUGUACCCGCCCUACCACAGAGACAGUCUUCAAAUGAGACAUCACAAAAAAGUAGGACAAUCGCCCCACCACCACCGCGACGCUCAGCGUUGGAGAUGGGCUUCGGUAAUAAAGCACCUUCCCCUCCUCCGGUACCCUCAACCCGGCCCCCAGCAAUUACAUCAGACUCUGUGCCGACUCCUGGAGCACCACCACCCGUUCCACGCUCAUCCAGACCCAAUCUCGAAGCCAUCAUGGCCUCCAAGCCCAAGCCGGGUGCCGUUGCGAGCUGUCUCAAAUGCCGAGACUUCUCAGGCCCAGAUAAUCAUGCCGCCCAAUUCCCGCGUACUCAACUUCCAUCUUCGGAUGUAGGUUGGCUUGCUCACCAGCUUUGCGCCCCAUUUACAUCUCCAACAGACAAGGCAAGGGCCAUCUUCACUUGGCUACACCACAAUGUUGAUUACGAUGCUCACUCGUUCUUCAAUGGCACUGUUUCGCCUACUACUCCAGAGAAGACCAUUGCCUCGGGUCUUGCAGUAUGCGAGGGAUAUGCCGGCCUAUUCGCUGCUUUGGCUCUGAAAGCCGGCCUGGAGGCUAUGGUUUGCUCUGGUGCCUGCAAGGGCUAUGGCUAUGCCCCACUCGAGCCCGGACAGCCCGUGCCACCCUAUCAAUCGACCCACGCUUGGAAUGCCGUCAAGAUUGACAACGGAGAGUGGAAGCUUGUUGAUCCCUGUUGGGGAGCUGGGCAUCUGGGGUGUCAGAUGCGAGGCGAAGGAUACAUACGGUCCUUUAACCCGAGCCAGUUUAUCAUGGACAACAACGAGUUUGGGUUAAAACAUUUCCCUGGGGAGGCAUCCCACCAGUUCCGUACUGACGGGCGUAUCGUCUCAUAUGAGGAGUUUAUGCGGGAUGAUCAAGGUGGGCGUGUACAUGUCUUCGGCGAUGCAUUCAAGGAACACGGUAUAGGCGAGCGAACCUUUGAGCCAUCACAAGCACAGAUCAAGGUAAAUGAUCCAUACGCGCCCGCGGUGGUCCGUUUCCAAUUCUCAACCAUCUGUCCGCACUGGGAUAACGCCCGUCACGGCAAGGGUCCGCCCUAUCUUAUGCUCCUGAGUAUUGCUGGAAGAGAUGGUCGCAAGCCAGACUACGUACCUUUCAACACUGACGGACACACGUGGUGGCUUGACGUAGCUCGAAAUGAGCUUGGUGCACCCGGCCAAAAGAUUGGACUUAAUGCAGUCACGGUUUUCAAUGGCAAGGACGCUCGGGGCAUGAGCGUUAGCACUUGGAACAACAAGACAGCCUACUCAUGCAACUUUGGCUGCGUGGCGUCGUGGGAGCUUGUCUGA